AUGAGCCUCACCGUUUUACUCAUUCUGGUUAUAGCACAACCAUGUGAAAAGCCUGCACCACCACAAGAAGAGCAACCGCAUGAACGACGUCAACUACCCACUGAUGAUGCUGAAGAGGAUGAUCCCAGUCGACUUGGAUUGGAUGAAUUGACAUCAAUAGGACAUUCGAAUGAUGUUCUAAAGUAUCUCGAAAACCCACGUAUUCGUGAAUUGGUAUCGCAUAUUGAUCGUUCGACGGAUCCAGAAAAGGAGCUGACCAAUGCGAGAAGCGAGGAUUCCAUGUUGGAAGAAUUCAUUCAGUUGCUUUUGCGAACGACAGGUCGAAAACGGGAUGACGAGCAAGAUUCUUAA